AUGAACUUCGACUCCGGCACAGCCUACGCCGAAUCGGAUGCCGACGACGAGUACGAGAGGAGUCUCCAUACGAGCUCGCCUGUCCACGCCAUCGAUUCAGAUGUCUCCCCAACCGACUCCGAGGGCCGCUCCUCCACCGAGCACACCCCGACCACCUACGGACAUCGCAGCAGCACCGACAGGCUGCCCGAGACCAUAGUGUCCGAGUGGACCGCCGACGAGUGUGCCGACUUCAUCGCCACCAUUGGCCUGCAGCAGUACGCCGAUCGGUUUAUUGAGAACGAGAUCGUCGGCGAGGCCUUGGUAGCUCUGCUGCACGAUGACCUUAAAUCCAUGGGUGUCACGAGCGUCGGCCAUCGCCUGACUAUCUUGAAAAGUGUCUACGACGUCAAGAAGGCUCAGGACAUUCCCAUCGAGAGCGAUCACUAUGUUCCCCUAUCUGCCGACGCCGAGGCCCAGUACGCCACCGCGACGCUCAAAGACAUCAAACACCUUGUAGAACAGCUGCGCCUACGGGAUGAAAGGAUGAGCCUGGUCGAACAAGACCUGCGCCGCCUGACCGACGACUUCAGACGCCUGCGAGAAGACAUGCUACCGGCCUUGCGCCUUGCCAAGAAUGCACAGCAGCCUCUGCCCAAUGUUUCCAACAACCAGGGCUAUGGCUACGAGACGUCGACCCUGUCUCCCCCCGGCCCCGCCUCGUCUUCUGCGCAGUCCAGCGGUGGGCUGAAGCGCCAGUAUUCUACCAAGAAGAUUGUCCUGGGUACGAAUCCCAAGAGCGCUUCUCCCACUCAUCUGCAGACCACUCACGAGCGGCCUUCGGUAGAACAAACCCUGGAUCCUGCCAACGCCGCAGAGAGGGCUGUCCUCUCGUCGUCACAUCUGGCCGCCAUGAACGGCUCCGGCCACGCUGUGUCGCCCGGCUAUUCGCCAAACAUCCCCUCGCCCACCUCGCCCCCGGCCCUCGGCAGUGCCACCCUGGCAUCUCGAUCCUACCGCUCCGACCAGCCGACGCCAUCCUCCCGCUCCACGUUCGCCGAGAACGACCAUGGCUAUAACUCGAAGCAACCCGUCGCGCCCCGCCGUAUGCAGACACCCGUGCCCGAAACCCCCGGCUCGAGCUCGGCCUCUGUCGAGAUCUUCAAGUCGUUCAGGGUCAGUAUGGACGACCCUUGCUACAAGGUCCUCCCCGCCGCCCUGAAGAAAUAUCAGAUCAACGCGCCGUGGGAUCAGUACGCCCUCUACAUCGUCUACGGCGACCAGGAGCGGUGUCUCGGUCUCGAUGAGAAACCGCUCAUUCUUUUCAAGCAACUGGACAAGGAGGGAAAGAAGCCCAUGUUCAUGUUGCGCAAGACCAACACGGCGCAGGCCGACACCGAGGCUCCGGGCAGCGCCGGUCUGAGCUCGGGCAAUCCGAGGGGCGCCAGUUACGAUCCGCCAGGUGGUAUCAUAUGA